AUGUCCAUUUCGGGAAUAUUCUUCCUCGUGAUAUUCUUCUCAAUUCGCUUUUCACAUCCAUUCCUCACUCAUUCAGUACAAAGAUACAGAGAUCUCACGUUGUUUGGUAACUUGAGGACACGUGAAAAGCUAAAAAGGAGCCAUUCUGGAAGAAAAGCACUGCUCAGAGCUCUUACAACAGAAGUACUACGCCACGGCAGAAUCAUAACGACAGCAAGCAAGGCAAGACAGGCACGUCCCCGCAUAGAAAGGAUCAUAAAAUACUCGAAAUAUGACAACAAGAGACAUGCCCUCAACUUGAUAAGGAGAUACCUGUACGAUAGUAAACUGGCAAGACGGGUUUUAAGAAUGGCACCAAAACGAUUUGAAGAGCGCCACGGCGGAUAUUGUAGAAUAAAGAAAUUAAGCUUUUGUAACAAGGGAGAUAAUUCAAACCGUGUCAUCCUAGAAUUACUAGAAUAUUGA